AGCCUUCCGUGAAAUCUCUCGGGAAGCUCUGCAAUCGUUUUAUAUGCUCCACGCGUCUCAGUGUGCUUAGUUAGGCGACUACGGUUUACUGUGAAAGUCUCUGAGGCGCUCGCGACGUAUGAGGCGCGCGACAUCUUUAACGCUGGAUUGAGAGGCCCGGGAAUCAAGUGGCUUGCCUCGUGAACAUGGAAAUUGCACUGGAUGAUUUCCCGCUUCCAAAUCUCGAUGACCUUGAUUUAUCAGAGCUAAGCUACGAUGAUGAAAGCCUUUCGCCAACAUCAAGUUCCGAGUAUUGCUCGCCAUUAAGUUCGCCAACUUCACUGGACACGCAAUURGAUUCUCCUUUGUCAACUUCAAGCAUUUCUUCCCASUCAACAACGGGGUCUACGGAUUCCGCAAAAWCGUCUGGAAGCAGUCCCUCGRGUCAGAAAUCCAGCAAACAUAAAGCGAAAUGCCAAGCCCCACACUGCAUCAAGAGAGAGCAUAUUUCAAUAUUACGAAGAAACGAACGCGAAAGAAACCGCGUUAAACUUGUCAGCGAUGGCUUUGCUAAUCUGCGAAAACAYGUCCCUACAACGCCAUUAAAUAAGAAACUUUCAAAAGUCGAGACRCUUCGGACUGCCAUCGAGUAUAUUCGACAUCUUCAGAAGGUUCUAAAUGAGAGUAACAGAAUUGAGAGAGAACGACGCYUGCUGCAUCAAGUUGGUUGGUACCACGAAGCAUUUAAACURCAGGCACCAAAUGGCAUGGGUCUCCUACAGCAGAACCAAAUAAACAGUCUUCUCAUGGACCUCCCUGAUAUUGCACCCUACCCAGGACCUGUUCAUGUGCUUGGUAAUCCAAUGGCUCAAGCCAGUUAUUAUAGCUUCAUGGGCUGAAAGUGUAAAGUCAUGUUAUGACUGAAUCCRCAUACCCUCCAUUACGAAAUGGCAAGUGUAGCUGUGAUAUACGGCGAUAAAAUUCGUGCAUCAUGCACRGUGAAGAACUUUCUAACAGAAAAUAUAUCAUUAACAUGUAUUUUAUGGUAAAAUAAGUAUAGCUAAUACCUAUAGUAGUUCGUAUUUUUCCUCUCACAAAAUAGUGUUUUUACUCUGUUUUUCGAGUGGGAAUUUUCUCCUUGAAGAAAGUGCAACUAUUUUUCGCAAAAAUAGACAUAAUGAUUUUUUUAGUUCGGAAUUUUCAUAAGAUUUCGCAAGUUUCGUAAAAUUUUKUCAUAGUUUCGUAGUUUCGCAUAUUAUUUUGUUUUUCGAAAACGAUUGGCAUUCAGAGAAAAUUUCUCAGUAUAGAAAUUAUAGUAUUUUUUGUAGUUUGCUUUCAAAGAAACCUCGCAUUUUUCUCGAGGAUUUCGUAUUUUGUGUUUGCGCUUAUCAGAUUUUAAUGGAAAAUUUAUUGUUUUAUGAGAAUAUUUCUCAGUAAUAAUCGUAUAAAUAUAGAUUAGUAGUUAUAAACUUUCACCGGGGUAAUACAGUGCACGUUAAAAAUAGAACACCUUAUGUCCAUAUAUGGAUACCAAACUUUUGUCKUUUAUGACAAACUUAAAUCCAAAGAAAUAUCUUUUAGAAAUUAGAAAGUCUGAUUAGCAGAGUUUUUAUGGUUAUUUUUAAGCAUUUAAAUUUCCACUUAUACUUUUUUCAAAAUGAAAAAUCAAACUAAAUAAUCUGCACUAUCACUUAACCAGGGGAUUUUUUUUUAUUUUUUGUUUUUAUAUAUUUUAGUUUUGACAAAGAUUUUUUCAAAAUGAAAAAUUCAUUAUAAUGCACUUACUAUUUCACCUUCAGCUUGACAAACAUAACUUUGGGGGUGGGGGACAGGAAGAAAUUCCAUCCCCACCACCACCCCCAUAGUACAUGAUUGUCAGGCAUUUCAAUUAUAUAAAUCUAACAGCAUUAGGGUUAAUUUCAUUUGAAAUACUCCAAAUGUUUUAUCGACCAUAGUAAGGUUUUUUCUAACCAGUYAUAUAACAGAAUAUUCAUUGAAUAGGUAUGUAAUUUUCUCUGAGAAAUGGUUAUAUUGUGCUCYGCCAAUUUGGCGGUUUUUAUGGACUUACAUGUCCUCUACGUACAUACUUAUACAACUGCUUCAAUAGAGGUUGAUCGCAGGUAAAACAUCGAUGGGGCCAAUAGGCAUUGUGGGAAUUUACUAAUCAACGGCUAGAAUUGCUUGGAAAUUUUAGCUUUUUAUUUUUGAGCUUUUUKAAACUUUUUUAAUGCAAUAAAUUCAUGUUUUAUUGCAAUUUCAUCUGCCACAAUGCUUUUUGGUCUUAAGUCGAACUUAUUUAACUCGUGGAUUUAGAAUCCUUGAGUUGUUUUCGUGAUCAAGCUUGAUUCAAGUAGUUUUUAUCAGAUAUAUCACCAGCACAAAACACCAGUUAUAUACUCAAAAUAAUUCACCUUUAAUUAACCAAUCAACGCUCGUGUAUGAGCAAAUCGAUACAUCUAUAGUUGCACUGCAUGCCAUUGUAGAGUAGAAUAGAAUUAUAUAUUAUUAAUAACUAUUAGAAAGUAAUAUGAAUCUCAGUGACGUUAUAAAUAUUGUUCACUUUUAAUUACGUGCAGUGGAGCCUCUCUAUUACGGGCAUUUGAUUUAUGGACAGCUUUAUUUACAGACAUCUCUAUAUUACAGACAGCUAGUGACAACUCUGUAUUACGGAGAAGACUAUAUUUACAGACAUCUAUGUUACUUCUAACACCUCUAUAUCACGGACACCUUGAUAGUACCGACAUGCCACUACUGAACAAACAUGUAUGAAUGACAACUCUAUAUUCCGGACAUCUUUAUAUCGGGCAGAGGUUUUUGUAAAGCAAUCGUCAUAUCUUUAACCCUCAUUUUUGCGACCAAGGUUGGUUUGUUGCUUCGUGCCCGUAUAAGAAAGGCUCUAUGAACUCAUAACGUGCAACUAGGUAAACUAUUCUUGAUACGAAUAAAUAUAUUAAGUUUAUAAACAGCU